AUGUCAUCCGCAAUCAAACCCAUUCAGCUCUACGGUGGCAUCUUUGGCCCCAACCCCCUAAAAGUCGGAAUUAUCCUCACACUCCUCGAAGUGCCAUUUGAAUCCCUUCCAGUCCCCUUCGCCAAGGUCAAGGAACCCGAGUACGAAGCAAUAAAUCCAAAUGGACGGCUACCUUCGAUCCAUGACCCAAACACCAACCUGACCAUUUGGGAGAGUGGCGCCAUCAUCGAGUACCUCAUAGAGCGCUAUGACACCAAGGAACCCCGCAAGCUCAGCUUUACCCCGGGCAGCGCAGAAGCCGAGCUUGCACGCUCGUUCCUCCACCUCCAGGUCUCUGGUCAAGGGCCAUACUACGGACAAGCCUAUUGGUUCAAGAUUUACCAUGCGGAGAAGAUCCCUACUGCAGUGAAGCGCUAUGUUGACGAAGCAAAACGCGUGACGGGCGUGCUUGACAAGUGGUUGGGCAAGCAGAAGGAGGCCAAUGACAAGAACGCUGGGGAUGGUCCCUGGCUGGUCGGAAACAAGAUGUCGUACGCUGACAUAGCGUUCAUUCCGUGGCAAAAGGGGGCCCAUGCUUCAUUCCAAGAUGAAGGGUUUGACGUUGAUGAGUUCCCAAAUGAGAAGGAGUGGUUUGAGCGCAUGAUCUCGAAGGAACCCAUCAAAGCUGUUCUGGCUUCUGCGGAUGAGCAGAUGGCCAGUAUGAAACACUGA